AUGGUAGCAUCUUAUGAGACAUGUGGGGUACAGGGACAUAUUACAAGUGAGUGUCAAUAUGCUGAGAUGUUAAUAGAGCAAGCUAACGCUCUCUAUAAAAACAACCAGCAAAGUAGACCCUAUGAUCCCUACUCCAACACUAACAAUGAAGGUUGGAAACAAAACCCAACAUUCUCUUACAAGAACACUCAAAAUCAGUUGAACCCACCACCACCACCACCUCAAAACAACUUCAAUCAUCCUCCAGGUCAUUUUCCUAGUAACACCGAGCAACCACCUAAGGAUCAAACUAAUGUUGUAACUUUAAGGAAUGGUAAAGAGCUAGAAGACUUUCCACUGAAGGUAGUUCAAAAGAAAGUAGUUGCAGUAGAAGAAGAGAUGGUUGAAGCUGAGAAGAUGAUAGAAAGGAAGAAAAUUGAAAAGAAGAAGGAGCCCAUUGUCAUUGAACUUUACAAGCCACCUAUGCCCUCCUAUGCUAAAUUCUUGAAGGAUAUGCUCUCUAACAAGAGGAAAAUCGAAGAGAAUGCAACAGUCUCACUGACAGCUGAAUGCAGUGCUAUAUUGCAGAACAAGCUUCCAAAGAAGCUAGGAGAUCCAGGGAGCUAUUCCAUUCCGGUCAAGCUAGGUGACAUCGAAAUAAAGAAGGCUUUAUGUGAUCUAGGGGCAAGUGUCAGUCUUAUGCCCCUAUCAAUUUGCAAGAAACUUCAGAUAGGUAUUCCUGAGGAUGUGCCACUUAGAGUUGGGAAAUUCUUCAUCCCUUGUGAUUUUGUGGUUAUGGAGAUGGAAGAAGAUGCGUAA